AUGGAGUGGGAUAUGGAAUCUGAGGCCUUCUACAGUCUUAAAGCACGGAAAUGGGAUGGAAGUGAGGUCGACUUUGAAUCUUUUAGAGGAUGUGCAUUGAUAAUUGCCAAUGUUGCAUCGUCUUGCAAGCUUGCAGAGAGCAACUACAAGAGCCUUGCAAAUCUCCUUUCUAAAUUCUACAAGAAGGGACUGAGGAUUCUUUUGUUUCCUUGCAACCAAUACUUCAACCAAGAGUCGAAACCUAUCGAGGAGAUACACGAGGAGGUAUCCAACAAGUAUUCCGACAAAUUUGAGAUUUUCGAUAAGGUCGGCGUAUUUGGAGGAAAAACCCAUCCUGUGUUUAAGCACCUUAUCAACACAAAGAACGGCGGAGGGAUGCUUGGGAAUUUUAUCAAGUGGAAUUUUACAAAGUUCCUCAUCGACCGCCGGGGACGUGUUGUCAAAAGGUUUGGGCCCACUAGUGUUGUUGAAGAGGAUGACGAAUGCCUUCUGAGCAGUAUUGAGGAAGAUGGGAAGGAAGCGGUGCCUCAAGGUUGA